GACGCCACGAGCCUGCUGCAGUCCUCGCUCGAGGUGGACCCCGUGAGCCUGGGCAGCUUCGGCGCGAGCGGGCUGGGCAGGCUGGGUGCGGGCUGGCCCGGCAGGCCCACCAGGGAGAGGCGCGCCGCCGGCGGCAAGAGGCGCAGGGGCCAGAAGCAGGUGGAGAGCAGGGAGAGUCGUCCCGAUUUCGAUUGCCAGUCGCAGCCGUACCAGUGCGAGGAGCCGUUCAAUUGCAACAAGGAGCCGGCAGACGCGGAGCUGCAGCGGGAGCAGAUCGCCACCUCGGACGGGCACGCGGAUUACUCCGCCUGGUGCGGCUCGCCCUACAUGGCCGCCGCCAAGGAGUGCUCCAGCAGGAACAUGACCGCAUACGGCAGCAUCAUGCACAGCAUCCAGGUCAAGCUCAGCAUGGGAGGCAGAGGCAUCGAAAGCAUGGACGCGCACUACUGCUUCUCCGUCGGGCACUGCGACAACGACGAGGUGACGGACGGGACCACCCUGCCAGAGGCAGAGGCCAUGUGCGACAGGAGAUUCGGCCGCGACCAGUGGACCUCCCUGACCUUCGACGAGGCGAUGAAGAAUCUGGCCUUCUGGCCGGAAGGCGACCUGCACCUGGGUUCUGACUCGAGCUUGUACUUGGGUGUGGAGGCCGAGCAAUCGUUCGCAAAGAUGUCCUGCGCCAUGGGCUCGUUCCACUGCGACGUGAUCUACUGCCGUCAGGAAUACUGCAGCCAGCCCCAGUUUGCGGACAAGUACAACUACCUCCGGCGCAGCUCAG